UGAAAUUUUGCAACUCAUCUGUAUUUUAUCCUUAAUCUUACUUUUCAGAUACCGCUCUUUUUUUCAUAAAUGAAUUAACCAUAUAUCUCUCCUUGACGACGGAUUUAUUGAUACUGUACUCAGCGCUGAAUAAAUGUUUACUCAGUAGUUAUUUGACUAACCGAGCCUAGCUUGAUAGGAAUUAAGAAUAAAUUAGAUCGUUGAUUUGUUUUUGAGCGCUUGCAAAUUCUAGAUGGAUCUCACUACGAACACGUUCAAACCGAAUAUCUUUUCUAACUAAAAAAAAUGUCGUACAUCUUCCAAGCUAAAGACGUUGACCCAACCUUCCAAAGGCUCUUAUCUUGCUUAGAACAGAUUCGUCACAAGUUUGAUAACCACCAAGAUCAAGUUGACAUCCAGUUUUUUGGCAGCAGGAAAGACUUUUGGAAAUUUUUUGAGUUCCAUAACAAUGAGAAGGAAAAACUUCACGAUGAAGGCAAGAGAGCAGUUGAUUUUGCAGACCAGGUUUUGGCAAUUCUCGUUCCUCUUGCAAGUACCAACAAGGAGAUACAAGAGCUGCAACAUAUCCUAAUGCAACCACACUUUAAGGGUCUUCUUCAAGCAUAUGAUUCAAUACAAGCAGGUGAUUUCUCGUCAGUAAUCUUUGGGGAUGAAUUAGGAAUAGAGCCAGUAUUAACUGACUUGGGUUCUGAGCCACAAAAAGAAGACUUUGGUCAAAUAAUCUCCGUAGAGCAUCAUCAGGGAAAUGCUGGAGGCAAUGACAAAAGCAUAUUGUCUGCUGAAAAGACUGUCGCUACAAUUGUUAUUGAUUGUGUUGAUUGUGGAGUUGAUAGUGAUCAUCAUUUAGAAACGAAAGAUGUUGAUGAAGCCGAAGGUAAUAAAAUCAGGAAUGUGGUAGGGAACUUUACAGAAAAGGGCAAUGAUGACACAGAUCUCUUGUGGUUAGACACAGAUGAGAUUGAUGGAAAUGAAAUAGAGGUGUCAGAGAACUUUGCAGAUAAGAAAAAAGAUGAAACAGGUCCACUUUGGUUGGACAGGCCAACAGUUCCUCAAACCUAUGCCACUGAUCACAUCCUGGAAGUAGAGGAACAAAGCAACAACAAAGAUAUCCCUCCAGAAACUGAUAAAAAAAAAGAUAUCCCUCCAGAAACUUACAACAAAGAGACACACAUCAGGGAUUUUCCAAUUGCAACAGAAAUUGAAAAAGACAGGUCUGACAUGGCAGCUGCUUCUGAAAAGAAUGGUCUUAAAGAAAAACAACUCAAAGAAAUGGAGUGCUCUAUUGAAAAUGGCAAUAUAGAUGGGAUUAUGCCUCAGUACAGUAAGAGUGCUGUCAAAACUGUCAUCUUGUUUAGGAAUUCCAAAGAAACCCUUGGAAUCACAGUUAAAGCUGUUCACAGCGAUGAAAACAAGGAGAAAAUUAUUGUUGCGAGAAUUUUAAGUGGAGGUUUAGCAGAUAACUUUGCUUCCCUGUUUGAGGAUGACGAAAUAUUAGCAAUCAAUGGUAGAAGUGUGGAUAGAAUGACUGCCAAUCAAGUUGCAGAGGUCAUGGAUGGAAUAACAGGGAGUAUUGAAAUAAAGGUUUUACCAGCCAACAAAGAUAAGAAACUUACCAAAGAAACUAAGGUCAGUUUAAGAGCAUUCUUUGACUAUAAACCACUGCAAGAACCACUAAUACCCUGUAAGGAAGUGGGUGUUGCCUUCAAGGCAGGUGAUGUGCUACAUGUGGUGAACAUGGAUGAUGCCAAUUGGUGGCAGGCCAGAAAGGAUGGCUGCAAUCAUGACAAAGCAGGUCUCAUUCCAAGUAAAGAUUUUCAGGAAAGAAGACAGCAGUUUAAUAGAAUUUCUUCCACAAAUGAUGUCACUACUCAAAAAGACAAAAAUGGAAAACUCACUUCACCAUUCAAGAAAAUGAAGAAAAAAGCAGACUCUAAUAAAGUGCUUUGCAAUUUCUUGAAAGAUAUACCAAUUCUUGCUUGGCCAGCAUAUGAACCAGUGGCAAAAUAUUUGCAAAGACCAGAGAAAAAGCGUCUGCUUUUAUUGAUUGGAGCUCCAGGUGUGGGAAGGAAUGAGUUAAAGAAGAUGCUAUUGUCUAGCAGUCCUGAAAGAUUCAUAACAACAGUUCCUCACACGUCCAGACAUAUGAAGAGUUAUGAAGCAGAUGGCAAGGAUUAUUUUUUUGUAUCAAGACAAACUAUGGAGAAUUUUAUCCAGAAGAGGAAAUUUAUAGAAUUUGGAGAAUAUAAAGGUUGUCUGUAUGGUACUUCAAAGGACUCUAUAACCAGAGCUAUGAAAUCCAGGAAGACCUGUGUUCUUAAGGUACAACCUGAGGUGAUGCUACUUUUACGAACAGCAGAGUUUAAACCAUACUGUGUCUUUGUGAAGCCUCCUCCUGUAAAAGAACUCCGCACUACAAGACUGACAGUGCAGGCAAAAAACAAGAAGGCUUCAGAUAAGUCCUCUGUUAGGACAUUUAAGGAGGAGGAGUUACAAGAAAUGAUCAGUACUUCUAGAAUGCUGGAAGAGACUUAUGGGAGAUUCUUUGACCUGACGAUAGAAAACAAGGACAUUGAAGAAGCUUAUGUCAGCAUUGUAGACACAUUUGAAAAUCUAGAGCAGGAAGAGCAGUGGGUCCCUCUGGACUGGGCACAACAACACUAAAAGAAGAUCCAACAUUUUAUGUAACUAUAAACUGUAUUUGAGGCCAAUUGUUUCAUGGCAAUACUAGUAUCUAGUGCACUCAACCAUUAAAGGACAUUUCUAUAGAAACUUAACACAACAGUACUGUAGUAUUACAGCACUAUGACAGGAGGUUCGCUUCAAUUUUUGUUUCAAAAUGUAGUUAAAUCACAAUUAAAUCUUGAACUUCACAGAAUGUCAAUUUAAAUUUUGCUUUGCAUGCUUACUACAAAUUGAUCAUGAGUCUACUAUGUAAAACUUGGUACUCAUUAUAGAUACAAGGUGUUGAAGUGAGCUGUCAAAAUGUCAUAAAUUAUAGGAGAUGAUGCAUUAGACUACAAGUCUAUCUAGUGAAGUUUGCUGCUCUAGUAAAAAAAAAAAAAAAGUCAUUGAAAAAAAGUAAUGAUAGCAAGCUCAGCAGAGCUCUGGAAGCUUCACUCCCAGAGUUCCAGGUGGCACACUAACUAAUUGUUUUCCAAUAUUUAUUUUUGCUUACUCAAUGGUCUAGUCAAGUCUAUUGGUAAAUGAAAACUGUAUAAUGAUAUUGUUUUAUAAGUUGCCAUGUUCUCUCCUAUUUUCUUUGAUUCUCUUUCUUGACCACGAACCUGACACAUGUUAGAAAAGACUGAAACAGUUCAGUUCAAUUUUGGGGAUGUACAAAUUGCAACUGUGGUAUACAAAAUUUUCUUCUUUUCUUGUUCCAAUCGCUCCCCCUUCCCCCUUCCCCCUAAAAUGAUGUGAUGCUGAGCUUGAAUUCAUCUGAAGCCACGUUGAAGAUUUUUUCACAGAACAUGCCUUCAUAAGGGUUACGGGUAAAUUGAUAGUUCAUCAAAUUUUAUUUUGAACCAGGCUCCACAAGUUUAAGGAUGACCAAACAGAAUUCUAAAACUCCUUAAUCCCUGACAUUGGUGCGCAUAAUCUUUACACUCUUUUCUUUCACAUUUCCUAAUGUGCACACAAGGAGAAUUUGUUUCUUAAUCAAGAGCUUCUUUAGUUAAUAAUAAUUACAAUAUUUUAACAGGGAUCCCACUUCACCAAAAGGUGUAGUUGUAGAUCAUUUAAUUUAUUUGUGUAGCCUUGCUGUGUGAUUUGGAGGUGAUACUGCUACUCACUGUAGGGGCGUAGCCAGGAUUUUUCAAAGGGGGUGUCACAGAGGCUACUCACCAUUUACACUGCUGCUCUCCCGCGUGUAUCAGCGGGCUGUCGUAUUGUCGCGGCAUGAAAGCCCAUAUUAACUAAAUGCAAGAGUCGAUGAAAAUACUUUACAAAAAAAAAACAAAUUUUAAAAAAGUGAGCUUUUCACCAAUGGCUUUUAAGGCCAAGAUAUUGUCAGGGCGUUUUUCCACCUGAAUAUUGUAGGUUGUUUGCUCUAAAGACCUACCAAGGGGGGGUCACAGGCACCCCAAGACCCCCCCUGACUACACCCUUGCACUGUUUGGGGUCAAAGAAUUAAAGGAGUUGAUGUAGAUUUGAAUUGACUGUUUAGGUGAGUAACAAUAAUUGAGUCUCAAUUUUUAUUAGUAAAUUUGGGUAAACUCCACCUAGGCUUAGAUAUGACAUAAUUGUCCAUAUAUUCACAUACAUCAUACAACAUACCAUAAAUAUAUGGCAAAUAAAAAGAUUGAUUUUUUUU